AUGUCUACACCAACAAAAAAAUCAGAGAGCCCUAGUAGAAGCCCUCCUCCAGAAUCUCCAACUACCGUAGCGCCAUUCGACAUGGACGACGAUGAUGCACCAGAAGGUACUACUGGCGGUGAUGUACCAGCAUCGAACAACAAGACCGCAGAUGAGCUACCCCCGCAAAAGCCACCGCGCCCCUUAAGCCCACAACAACAAGCAGAGCAUACUUUGAAAGAAGCUUUCCCAAGCAUUGAUGCAGCAGUAGUCAAGGCAGUUUUGAUUGCUAGUGGAGGUCGUGUUGAGCCUGCUUUCAAUGCUCUCCUAGGCAUGUCAGAUCCAGAUGCAGCGAUUGAAGUUCCCCCUCCGCAACCCCCUCGUCCCCAGGCGCAACGAGUCGGCUCUACUCCAAAAUCACAACUUGAAUCAGAUGAACAAUAUGCACGUCAGCUUGCAGAACAUUACGAAGGAUCAUCAUCAUCAUAUGGCCCACAUGGAGCUCGAGGCGGUUCCAGGGGUGCAUUUCCUCAAGGUCGCAAACAGACUGGUUUGAAACCAAAUGAAAUGUACGGUGAGGAGGAGGAACAUAGCUUUUUCGAUGACGAUCUCCCAGUUAUCAAAGAGAACCUUAGAAAGGGGUUCCUUGAGACACAGAGUACAGUCAAUGGUUGGAUUACCAAUUUGAAGAAGAAGCUUGAUGGAGAUGACGCAGAAGAGAGACCUUCCACUCAGGGCUACAAUUCCAAUCAACACACACAGUAUCGCUCCCGGAGAAGCGCGGAAGGCAGACAGAGUGGGGAUUAUAAUCGAUAUGAUGCCGAUCCUCAGGUUCUCGGUGACGAUUUCGCUGGAAUUCAGCUCAAUGAGGAUGGCAGUAGACAUGAAGGUAAUGCUUCUCGCGCAAGUCAACCUUCAAAUGCUUACCAUCAACCUGCCCCUGCAGCCCGCCGAUCUACACGCCCACUUGCAAACCCUGAUCUUUUCAAACCUACCCCUAGUGCUCCAAAAGCUGAAGGUCGGAAGGUAUCAUUCCAAACUGCUACGGUGGAGGAUGAUCUGUAUCGCACAUCACCCAAACUUAGCGGAAAAGAAAAUGCUCCAUCAGCCAAACAGAGCAAAUGGCAACCAUUGAAUGCAAUGGAGCCCAGCCCUAUCGGUGACGCUGAUAACGACCAUGAUCCAUUCAGCCUUGGAGAUAGCGAGGACGAAAAGGAGUCUAAAGAUCGAGUUGGUGGCAAAGAAGUUCGCAUGGAUGAUGCGGAGAGGCUCAAGAAGGCAGCAGCUGAAGCGAUGUCCGAAAAUAUUGUUGAGCCUGCAAAGAAACCUGAACCAGCCGAAACAUCGGGUACGAAGGAUAAAUUGGCAGCGGAGCUGGCUAGCAAGCCUUGA